CUAAAAAUCAAUUCUUGGGUGCACCAUUUAUGAUGUGUGAUCCAACGUUUAAAAGACAAAAAACUCCUUUGGAAGGAUUUGGAGUAAAACCUGGAGAAAUUUAUUAUACGUCCCGCACAAACCGUGCAACAGCUCACUACAACCAGUACAUCGCUAAACUUCGGGCCUCAGAAGAGGAAGAGAGACGGGGAGAUGACCUGAACAAGACGGAAGAAAGAGACCAACAGCAGAGCAACUUCUUUAUACGAUGCGAUCGCAAAUCCCUUAUCAAAAAAGUCGCCCAGCGUGUGGACCUGGCCAUGGCUUCCUAUCAAGACGACUUGAACAAGAAACGAGCCAGACUAUCGGAUCUCCUAACUAAAGAAGAAGAAGACAACAUCCGUAAAUUCGUGGUCCAAGUGCAGUCUGGAGCUGAACUAGCGUGGAAAGAGAAAGAAGACAGGCUCGCCUACUUACUCGCUAAGAGACAGAAGGAACAUGAGGAGAAGUAUAAGGAUACACCUCUCACAAAAUGCACGCACCUAACGCCUCUCCUAGUAAAGCAGCGAGCUAUAGAGACCCAAGAGAUACAACUGUAUCAAAUGAGAGAGAAAGAGGCGAGAAGAGAGGCCGAGAGAGAGUUUGACAUGAUGUGGCAUGAACUGACCAUGAAGGAGAGUGAAGCUUUGGCCGCCCGUUUAGAACACGACGCCAUAGAACGCAAACGCCAAGACUAUGCAUGCGCGCUACACUCCGAGCAACAGAAGAGAGAAAGAGAGAGACUACGGGAGAUAGAGAGAGAACGAUUGAUAGAGGAGACCAAGUGGCUGAGGAGUGUUUGGGAUAAGGAGAAUAUGGAACAAGAACAAGCCGAAAAACAACGAGAAUUGAAUCGCAUAGAAGCAGCCCAAGAACAGAAGCAAACCAACGAAGAGAAUGCGGCCCUCAGAGCCAAACAGAAGUUAGAACAAGACCUCAUCAAUCAGACCUGGGACGCUUUAUCUAGUCAGGGGAAAGCCGAUGAUACGGCUAAACUGGAGUUGAUGAAGAUUAAAGAGAAAGAGCUAGUAGAAUGCAACCGUCGCAUGACACAGCUGAAGAAAGACCUACUACUACUGGAGCAAGCUUCAGACAAAGUGACUGAAAGCGACGCGGCGACGCUGAGGCAGAUAGAACAACGGUGCAAGUACCAACGAUGGGCUAAUGAGUUGCAUAAGGACUGCCGCAAGACUAUUGUAGAACAAAUUAAAGAGAAAUGUGAAGCUAAACAACGGCUGAAGAAGAAAUUGGACGAAGAGAACGAAUACUUCAAGCAACUGUCCCGACAGUUGGACGAACUGACCGAUUAUAAGCGGAAGAGCAAUAACGCUAACAAAAUACAUCAAGGACACUUGGUAGAACAAAUCAAGUACAACCAGCUGUUGAAGUUGCGAGCCAAACAGGAAGAGUUGUCACAGGUUGAGAAAUGCAAGAUGGCCACCAAAGAAUACGAGGCUGAGAUACAGAGGAUGUUGAAGCGUCCAUUCUUCAGUGAACACGUGCACCCGUUCGUGCGGCCGAUGCUACAAGCGAAGAUCACUGACUGUCCCUGUGGAAAGCCUGACUGGUGCAAGUAGAUGGAAGAUUGGGGGGGUUUGAUAUUAUACUCACUAGCUAUGAAAAGGUCCAGUGUCAUUUUCAUUGCUUGUGACUAGUGAGUGUAUAAGGUACC